AUGCUCACCAAGGCUGUGUUCGCGUCUCUGUUUCUCCUCACCAGUGCUAAUCCAUGGAGGCAAGAUCGCUCGAUUGAGCCCAUCAUAAGCUGCUCUCAGCUCCCGUCGUACAAUAAUGAUACAAGGAUCGCUGGGCCUUGGACAAUUAAGGUUGACAACUGCUACGAUGGAGCCGGGCCUCAAGGGCUAUGCAGCGUCGAGGGCUUCGAGUCUAGUAGCGAUAUCACCCGGCAGCGAGACGACAAACCCAAUACGAUUGAGCAUGGAUUUAUCACGAUCGUAAGCGAUAAAAACAACCUCAAAACCCAGCUCCGCUGCAACGGCAUCCUAAACAUUAUCGAAGCACACGUCCUUUCCGGCCCCGGUGCCGGCACCCUGAACUGGCAUGCCGUCGGGAUAGACCACCAUCCCACUACGGGGCGACUAGUCUGGGGCAAACCCGAUGCUCAGCCUGUCCAGGCGUACAGACAGUAUCGUCACGGACUACUCGUUGAAGGCAUCUUCCUCGGGUCGAACAAUGAAAUCAAUUGGGCUGUGCACUCGGCUGGGAGGGAUGUGAGCAUUAUGGACAUGAAGCCGUAUUGGGUCAUGCGAUUGAUGAUUCCAGAGACGAGUAUUCGGGAGAAGGAGUUUCGGACGCUGAUUCGGAUUGAGGGGAGCUGA